UUUCCUUUCGGUGUCUUGAGCAGCGUCCGCGGCACCUCGCAUCUCGGCCCUCCCCCCCUCAGUGCCACCCAACGGCUCCCGACCCAGCGCUACCAUGACAGAGCAAGCCAUCUCCUUCGCCAAGGACUUCCUGGCGGGCGGCGUAGCAGCGGCCAUCAGCAAGACGGCGGUGGCGCCUAUCGAGCGGGUCAAGCUGUUGCUUCAGGUACAACAUGCAAGCAGACAGAUUGCUGCUGACAAACAGUACAAAGGCAUCAUUGAUUGUGUAGUCCGCAUUCCUAAAGAGCAAGGAAUGCUGUCUUUCUGGCGUGGGAAUUUUGCCAAUGUCAUCAGGUACUUCCCAACCCAGGCUCUCAACUUUGCCUUCAAGGAUAAGUAUAAGCAAGUAUUUUUAGGAGGAGUAGACAAGCACACACAAUUCUGGAGGUAUUUUGCUGGUAACCUAGCCUCUGGUGGUGCAGCUGGAGCUACUUCCCUCUGCUUCGUCUAUCCUUUGGAUUUUGCAAGAACCCGUCUGGCUGCUGAUGUUGGAAAAGCUGGUGCUGACAGAGAAUUCAGAGGUCUGGGGGACUGCCUAGUCAAAAUCUUCAAGUCUGAUGGUCUCCGUGGCUUAUAUCAAGGCUUCAAUGUCUCUGUCCAGGGUAUUAUCAUCUAUAGAGCUGCCUACUUUGGAAUCUAUGACACGGCAAAAGGUAUGCUCCCAGAUCCCAGGAAUACUCAUAUUGUGAUAAGCUGGAUGAUUGCACAGACAGUGACUUCUGUUGCUGGUGUGAUCUCCUAUCCCUUUGACACCGUGCGACGUCGAAUGAUGAUGCAGUCUGGGCGUAAAGCAGCUGACAUCAUGUACUCUGGAACAAUUGACUGCUGGAAGAAGAUUGCAAAAGAUGAAGGUGGAAAGGCUUUCUUCAAGGGUGCAUGGUCUAAUGUUCUUCGAGGCAUGGGUGGAGCUUUUGUGCUGGUGUUGUAUGAUGAGUUAAAGAAAGUCAUGUAAAACAAACCUUAGUAGAAUUGUAACUUAAAUUUGCAAAUCAUGUAGAAUAACUUGCCAUUAUGGACCAUUGACCUUCAAAAAAAAUUCCUGUGCAGUCUUAUUUCUCGGGGCCAAAUCAUGUGUUAAAUAGGGCUAGAAACUGCCUUCAGUGAACUGAUAAACUUUGAGGUACCGUUAUUUAGGCAUCAAAACAGACAAUUCAGCUCAUUAGAUUUGUCUCUGUUUGGUGUUUAUUGUAGUGGUAGCAGUUCUGGUUCCAAGGCAGUUGAUCUGCACUUGUCUGGAGAUCAGCAGGACGUUUCAAGUCCUAUUUUACAGGACCAUAAAAUAAUGUUUUGAGAAGUACUCACUUAACAAAUCAUGGGUUUUUUUACACUUGUACUGAAGCACUAUGUACUGUUUUGCACAGCUGAACAUCUAGCAUUUGUUUUUAAAUUUGAGGCAUUCCGUGAAAAAAUAAACAGAAUUAACUCAUA